GUCAUGUAGGUUAGAAAAACUUGUAAGGACGUUGAAAGCAGAACAAAACUCACCCACCUACGCAACCAUAUAUCCUUAGCUUCUCUCUCUUUGAUAUAUCCACUGAGUUGAUGCAAAAGUACUAAAGCUUUAAUAUGUUAAAAGAUCAGGUCGUUUGUUUGUUAGCCUAAACGUUGGCAUCAAUCGCAGAAGUUGGAUAGGAAAGACGAUAAAGAAGAAGAAAAGGGCACCUGUAUAUAGUUGAGAUCAGUUAAUCUGAGGAUAUAUAUAUAUAUAGGGUUUCUAAACAGUACUCUCUAUAUUGGUUUAGAGAUUUGAGAUUAAUUGAUCGAUAAUAUAAUGUGUAGCAGAGGGCAUUGGAGGCCUCAUGAAGAUGAGAAACUCCGAGAGUUAGUCGCUAAAUAUGGACCUCAUAAUUGGAAUGCUAUUGCUGAAAACUUGCAAGGCAGAUCAGGGAAGAGUUGUAGGUUGAGAUGGUACAAUCAGUUGGAUCCAAGAAUUAACAGAAGCCCAUUUACAGAAGAGGAAGAAGAAAGACUACUUGCCUCUCACAGAAUUCAUGGGAAUAGAUGGGCUAUAAUUGCUAGGCUUUUUCCAGGUCGUACUGAUAAUGCUGUGAAAAAUCAUUGGCACGUUAUCAUGUCCAGAAGAUGCAGAGAAAGAUCUAAGAUUUAUUCCAUGAGGAAUAUUGCUGCUGCCCCUAAAUCAACAAGCCAACAAGACAUAUUAACAACUUCGCCGAGCCACGAUAUCAUGAGAAAAACAAGUUCCAAUAAUUCUAUUGAUCAUCAGCAAUUAUUAGGAAGAUUUAAUUAUUAUCCUUUCAUCACUAAUAAUAAUUCCCUUUAUCCAAAAGAACUUCAUUUCAACCACCUUCCAGCUCAUCAUUUGAAGAUGGAUGAAGGCAAGAAUGAAGCAAUGCAAUGCUAUGACUUUCUACGAGUGAAUACAGGCUCAAAUAAAAGUGAAGUGGUAGAGGAUAAUAUUACAAGAAGGGGUGAUGAGGAAGUGGAACAAGAAGCUGGGGAUAAUUCCCUACAAAGCAAGGCUCCAGUGCGCUUUAUAGAUUUCCUCUCAGUUGGAGACUCAUCGUAAUUUCUUCACUCUUUUUGAUUUAUGAGGAAAAUCUUCACUAUAGAUUUAGUGAAAUGAUAUAUUUAUAUGUUUCACACAAUUUAGGACCUCUAACCUGGAACCCUGUAAAAUUAAGUUUUCUGCACGCAUAAAAUCAAGUUUUCUGCAUGCAUAAGGUCUAUUGUAUGAAUAUUAUUAUAUGUAAUCUUAUCACUAUGAGUUGUCUCUGGAAAUGAAAUAAAAUGGGAGAAAGUCAAAAGCUCUAACGGGUGUCAAACCCUUAAUUCAUUAGCUUUUACAUAUUUUCCAGAGGGGAAUUUUCUGAUCCAUGCCACCACUGGCUUUUUUAUUAAAUGCAUUAUAUGAGAAGAAUUUAGCUUUCUGGGGUUCCUAUUGCGCCCGAGUUGAUUUAGGACUUUAACAGCUUGUUUGGAUGAUUGUUAGUAUUGUAUUGUAUUGU